AUGAAGACCUUCAUCAUUGCUCCAAUCCUGGCCAUGCUCGCCACCAGCGUCAUCGCCGACAACUGCAAGCAGGGAUUGAAGUACUGUGGUUCUUCGCUCCUGAAGAAGGGAGACUACAGGGAACAGAUUGAUCAGGCCUUAGCUGUCGCUGGUCACGCGUCUUGGGAUGGCACCAAUGUAUUGUUUGAUUGCCUCGGCGGUCCCAGCGGUGCUAUUAAGUUUAUCAAGGGCUGCGAAGGUGGCUGCAAGGAUAACGGCAAAAACAAGAACGACGCUUGCAAGUGA